AAGAUGGCGACGCUGCGGGGCAGGGUGCUGGGGCCCGACCCCGGGGCGCUAAGCCCUGCGCAGCUGGAGCAGCUGCGAAACUUCAAGAUUCAGACUCGGAUUGCUAACGAAAAGUACCUGAGGACCCACAAAGAAGUGGAGCUGCUCAUAAGUGGCUUCUUCAGGAACAGUUUCCAGGCGGAGGCUAGGUGUCUGGAUCUGGCUGCUUCAGGGACAGCCCCAGAUACCUUUCUUACCAUCUCCCUCCCCAGGCCAGUUUUUUCCUGUGAGUGGUUCCAGGAUGAACCAGAAUCAGUCCCACAUCUGUGCUGGAUACUUCACACGGUCCUUACUGUGAGAAAAGAGGAAGGAAGAAGAGGGGACAGAACCCUGAGCAGCAUGCCUGUCCUUGUCUGUUCUGCAGAGAAAUGUUUUUGAAGAGACCAGACAACAUCCAAGAAUUUGCUGCAGGGUCAUCUGGAAGCAUGAGGGCCGUGUUGCCAUAAGUGUGGGUUUCCAAGCUGCCUUGGGCUCUGUCUGCUGUCGCAUAGGCUUUUAAAGAUCCUCAUUAAAAACAGACCUUCCUGUG